GGUCUUUUUAUUUCUUCUUCAGUUGGCAGUUCUGCAAGUAGUAGUGCCACAAGGAGAGAUUCUCUAUCUACUAGCUCUGACUUGUACAAAAGAUCUAGUAGCAGCCUAGCACCCAUAGGGCAGCCAUUUUACAAUAGUCUGGGAUUUUCCUCCUCUCCAAGUCCAAUAGGCAUGCCUCUGCCAAGCCAAACGCCAGGACAUUCACUUACGCCACCGCCAUCACUUUCAUCACAUGGAUCCUCAUCCAGUUUGCAUUUAGGAGGACUGACAAAUGGUAGUGGUCGCUAUAUUUCUGCAGCACCUGGAGCCGAAGCAAAGUAUCGCAGUGCAGCAAGUACCUCCAGUCUUUUUAGCUCCACCAGUCAGCUCUUCCCUCCUUCACGCCUUCGUUACAGUAGGUCUGAUAUUAUGCCUUCUGGACGUAGUCGAUUGCUGGAAGAUUUCAGAAACAAUCGUUUCCCUAAUCUUCAACUAAGAGACCUUGUUGGACAUAUUGUUGAAUUUUCCCAAGAUCAGCAUGGUUCUAGAUUUAUACAGCAAAAGCUGGAGCGAGCUACUCCAGCUGAGCGCCAGAUGGUAUUUAACGAGAUCCUGCAAGCAGCAUAUCAAUUGAUGACUGAUGUGUUUGGAAACUAUGUUAUACAGAAGUUCUUUGAGUUUGGAAGCCUGGAUCAAAAGUUAGCCCUAGCAACACGCAUACGUGGCCAUGUUCUGCCAUUAGCCCUACAGAUGUAUGGUUGUCGUGUUAUUCAGAAAGCACUUGAGUCAAUCUCACCUGACCAGCAGAAUGAAAUGGUGAAAGAGUUGGAUGGUCACGUUCUGAAAUGUGUGAAAGAUCAAAAUGGAAACCAUGUUGUACAAAAAUGUAUUGAGUGUGUUCAACCUCAGUCACUUCAGUUCAUCAUUGAUGCAUUCAAAGGACAGGUAUUUGUACUUUCAACUCAUCCAUAUGGUUGUAGAGUAAUUCAGCGUAUUCUGGAACACUGUACUGCUGAGCAGACUUUGCCAAUCUUAGAAGAACUGCAUCAACACACAGAACAGCUAGUGCAGGAUCAAUACGGAAAUUACGUUAUUCAACAUGUACUGGAGCACGGUCGUCCUGAAGACAAGAGUAAAAUAGUUUCAGAAAUAAGAGGAAAAGUUCUAGCUCUGAGUCAGCACAAAUUUGCCAGCAAUGUGGUAGAAAAAUGUGUAACUCAUGCUUCUCGUGCUGAAAGAGCUUUACUGAUUGAUGAGGUCUGUUGCCAGAAUGAUGGUCCUCACAGUGCCUUAUACACCAUGAUGAAGGACCAGUAUGCCAACUAUGUUGUUCAGAAGAUGAUUGAUAUGGCUGAACCUGCUCAGCGGAAGAUAAUAAUGCACAAGAUUCGACCCCACAUCACAACUCUGCGUAAAUAUACCUAUGGCAAGCACAUUCUGGCCAAGUUGGAAAAGUAUUACCUGAAGAACAGUGCUGAUCUGGGGCCAAUUGGUGGACCACCAAAUGGGAUGCUGUAAAAGAUAAAAAGAAAUGGAAGAAAGAAAUUGAAUUGUGAAUGAUCAAAACAUACAACUUAACUAUAAAUGUUCUGAUUUUUUUAAAUCUAUUUAUUGACUUUGUUCAUCCAUUUGUAAAAUUUUUAUUCUUGUGUAUAUUUUUGGGGAGUGAAUUAU